AUGAAGGUGAAAUGGACCAUGCUGGGCAUGGUUGUCUUCCUGCUCUCUGUGGUCAUGACCUGCUGCUUCAUAUGGCAAUACAGGAUGCCAAAAGCUGAAGAAGAAGUCAUUGUAAAACAAGCAGCAGCAGAGAAGAUGUGCCCUGUCUUCCCUGAGCCUGUGCCCCUCAAACAUCCCAUCACAUCUCUGAGGGUGGCCUUAGAAAAGAUGUACUCCCUGAGCUCAAGCGUUCACAGCACCAAGCUGCCGGCGAUAUCAGCUAUCGUGGUUUUAAAUGACUCUGUUUUGUGGAAUGGAAACUUUGGCAAGAAGAACAGUAGUGAGCCCUCCUCAUCUGCACCCAACGAGUACACAGUGUACAGAAUUGCAAGCCUCUCGAAGAUCUUUCCCACUCUAAUGCUAUACAAGCUGUGGGAGGACGGCCUGGUGGACUCUCUGGAUGACCCUCUUGAGAAGUACGCAGACAACUUCACCAUGAAGGACCCGCUGGGGAAAAGUAGGGGACCAGCAUCCACGUCUGUCAGGACCCUUGGCAUCACCUUUCCUGCACUCACCCUGCGCAGGAUGGCCAGCCAGCUCUCUGGGUUACCCAGAAGAUUAAGGUCAACUAAUCUCCUUUGGAGUGGAGACACAGAGGCAGCCCUUAGUCUAUUAAAGGAUGAUGUCAUUGUGACAGAACCAGGGACCAAAUGCCACUACAGCAAUGUUGCUUUUUCCUUAUUGGCCAACAUCUUGGCUCAGAAGGCGACUGGCUCAAACUUUGAGAACUGGGUAUCAGAAAAUAUUCUGGAGCAACUCAGUAUGGAAGACACUGGUUUCAACUUAACUCCAGCAAUUCAGAGGCAAAUGGCUGUAGGUGUGUACAGCAAUGGCCAACCAGCUCCCCUCUACGACCUCGGCUGGUAUCGACCUGCAGGCCAGAUGUAUUCCACAUCAGCUGACAUGGCCAAGCUCAUGAUGGCUCUUCUGGGCGCAUACGGUGAGACUCUGCUCCGCCAGGACACCCUCAACACUAUGCUAACUCCAGUCUUUCAAUGCCACAGCAGCUACUUUGCCAACUUCACUGGCACACCAUGGGAGAUCAAUGAGCAGUUGGGCUAUAAUGUGGUGAGGAAGGAUGGUGAUCUGGAUGGUUAUGCAGCCACCCUCUCCCUGGUGCCACGGCUCAAACUGGGCAUGGUGGUACUGAUGGCUGGGGUCCGGCCUGUUGACCGGGACCUUGUACGCCAGGCCUACAGCUAUCUCAUCCCAGCAGUGGAGAGGGCUUUCAGGGAAGCUCAACGAACGCUCAGACCACCACCCAACCCAGCUCCAUAUGUGGGCUUUUUCACUUACAGGAAUAUGACUUUCUAUGAGAUUAAGGUGGACACAAACGGGGUGCUGGUCAUGCAGCAGUUUGGACCACAGGUGGACACAACUGUGCCAUCCAAGUACCGAACUAUUCGGCUGGAUUACCUGCAGGACAGGGUGUUUAGGGUGGUGUUUGAGAGCCCAUACCCUUGUAAGCUGAAGGUGAACAGCGCCUCUGUUUCCCUGGAGGCACAGGACAGACAGCUCUUCAACUUUUACCCCAUCAACAAGAAAGGGGUGUCACCAGGGUUUGAUUCCCCAGGACUCAACACUUACAGGGUGACGAGAAUAGCUGGCAGACCAUACUUUACUUCAUAA